AUGGGGAAGCUAUUGUCGAAGAUCUUCGGCAACAAGGAGAUGAGGAUAUUGAUGCUGGGACUUGACGCAGCGGGGAAGACUACUAUUUUAUAUAAAUUAAAAUUAGGUCAGUCAGUGACAACGAUACCAACGGUCGGUUUCAAUGUAGAAACUGUCACGUAUAAGAACGUUAAAUUCAACGUUUGGGAUGUUGGGGGGCAGGACAAGAUUCGACCACUCUGGAGGCAUUAUUACACAGGUACACAAGGUCUGAUAUUCGUAGUGGACUGUGCGGACAGGGACCGUAUAGAUGAGGCGCGGCAGGAACUGCACCGUAUUAUCAAUGACAGGGAGAUGAGGGAUGCCAUUAUACUCAUAUUCGCCAACAAACAGGACUUGCCUGAUGCAAUGAAACCCCACGAGAUCCAAGAGAAGCUAGGCCUGACGCGAAUCCGCGAUCGCAACUGGUACGUGCAGCCUUCGUGCGCCACUUCCGGGGACGGGCUCUACGAAGGACUCACGUGGCUCACCAGCAACCACAAGUUAUGA